AAAUAAGACCGGAGCCAUUCCGUGCUACUUUUGCAAGGUGGAGGAUGGGUUUUUUUUUAUUUUGUAAGUUAGCGACGUUUAAAAACAAGAUGAGAAUCAGGCGCUCGUUCUGGACGGACGUUGGAUGCGACGAGCUGUAGGGAAGGGCCCAUUUUGUCGCGCGCCUCCUGUUGCUGCUGUGAGGAGGACGAGGAGGUGGCGCCGCUUCAUCGGGAUAUUGCCGCAGCGCUCACUGUUGUUGUUGUUGUUGUUGUUGUUGUUGGUGGCGGUGAUGUCGGUGACGGAUUUGUUCAGUGUGAUCCAGAGCUCCCUCUCCGCGGACCAGGAUGUGAGGGAGGAAAUAAGAAAAGUUGUCCAAGUCCUUGAACAGACAGCUCGUGAGAUACUUACCCUGCUGCAGACUGUCCAUCAGACAUCCGGCCUGAAAGAUGUAACGAAGAAGUGCCAGAAAGCACGUGAACAUUUUGCUGCUGUGAGGUCACAACUGGAUGAACUGAAAACCAAAUUCCCUGCAGACCAGUAUUACAGGUUUAAUGAGCACUGGAGGUUCGUGCUGCAACGCCUCAUCUUCCUUGCAGCGUUUGUCGUCUAUCUGGAGUCUGAAACCCUGGUGACCCGAGAAGCUGUUGCAGGAAUACUAGGAAUUGAAGUGCACCGAGAGAAAGGCUUUCAUCUCGAUAUUGAGGACUAUCUUUCAGGACUGCUGAUCCUGGCGAAUGAACUGUCAAGGCUCGCUCUGAACAGCGUCACCGCUGGUGACUACUCCCGGCCACUCCGAAUCUCCUCCUUUAUCAAUGAGCUGGAUUCCGGAUUUCGCUUGCUGAAUCUGAAGAACGACUCCCUGCGGAAGCGCUAUGACGGCCUGAAGUACGAUGUGAAAAAAAUAGAGGAAGUGGUGUACGAUCUGUCAAUACGAGGGUUAGGAAAAGGAGAUGCACCCAUUGAGGGAAAGGUGCCAGAAAAAUAACUUCUGAUGGAAGUUGUGGGCGGUGGGGGGGGAGGUGAAGGGCUGAUGGUAUGUUGAAGGACGAAAAUACAGUAUUGACAGACAUGGGUUUUUGAUGGAACCAUGUCAGUGGAAAGAGGGAAGAUUUUGGUUGUAUGGCCAAGGGAAUGAACUUAGCCCAUACUGCCACAAUCUAGUUGUUAAGAGGUUAAAUUUCCCUCUGUGUUAAGCGGCGUUGGGCGCAUCUUUAUUUUCUUCAAAAGAAAUAUCCAUGCCACCGAUUAUUUUUCUAGUGAUGAGGUUUCUUGGAAAUAUAUAAUACAUUCUUACCAUUGUCACUGAAGAUUUGCUCAAUUCAUUUAAUUUUAGAAUAGGCUUUUUAUGUACUGCAAGUGGAAUAAACCAAAUGUAAAGGA